UUAAAAACUCCUGCAAACAUCAGUCGAUUUCCGAACUCUCAAACUCCAUCCACCUCUUCAUCAGAGCUCUACUUCUUCACUCCCGGCUGUUCGCCUGAGUAUUUUUGUGUUUAUUUGACUAAUCUGUCUUCUCUGAUGGCAGAGGGAAUAAAUGGAUUUUCAUCGCCAAGAGCGGACGUUUUUCCGGCAGGACUUCGUGUCCUUGUCGUCGAUGAUGAUCCUACUUGGUUGAAAAUUCUAGAGAAGAUGCUCAAGAAGUGCUCUUAUGAAGUUACUACAUGUGGACUAGCAAUAGAGGCUCUGGAUCUGCUUCGUGAAAGAAAAGAUGGGUUUGACAUUGUAAUUAGUGAUGUCAACAUGCCUGACAUGGAUGGUUUCAAGCUUUUGGAGCAUGUUGGACUUGAAAUGGAGCUUCCUGUCAUUAUGAUGUCUGUUGAUGGGGAAACAAGCAGAGUGAUGAGAGGUGUCCAACAUGGUGCUUGUGAUUAUCUUCUGAAGCCAAUUCGAAUGAAGGAACUAAGAAACAUAUGGCAACAUGUUUACAGAAAGAAGAUACAUGAGGUGAGAGAUAGUGAAAGCCAUGAAUGCCUUGAAGAGAUUCUGAUGAUGAGAAAUGUAUCGGAACAAUCUGAUGAUGGCUACUUGCUUUCUGGGGGUGGUGACAUAACACCAGGUAAGAAAAGAAAAGACGCUGAACAUAACAAUUACAAUGACAAAGACUUCAUUGACCAUUCUUCAAUCAAGAAAGCAAGAGUUGUAUGGACAGUUGACCUUCAUCAGAAGUUUGUCAAAGCUGUCAAUCAUAUCGGUUUUGAAAAAGUGGGUCCCAAGAAAAUACUUGACCUAAUGAACGUGCCAUGGUUAACAAGAGAGAAUGUUGCAAGCCACUUGCAGAAAUAUCGUCUCUACUUAACUAGGUUACAAAAAGAUGAUCUUAAAAGUACAGAUUCUAUAAAGAUGCAACAAAAUGAAGGCGUCCAGAAUACCAAUUCCAGAAUCCAUGAAGUUGAUCUCAAAACCACCACCACCACCACUUCAUUGCAGACAAUAGAAUCCAAGAAAGUAUUAACCGGUUAUGCAGCCAAGGGUCAUCACAACAAGGCCAGCAGUUCAAACAUUGGGAUCGGAAUCGGAAACAACCACUCCUUCCGGUCAACUCAGUACCCGACAUUUAACUCAGUGUUGCCAACUCAGUACUCUUGGGAUGGAGGUUUCACAGAAAUUCAGUUCAAACAAGAACACAGCAACCAACACUUUGAGGUGGAAAAUGGGUUGGGACUACUAUUGCCUACUACUACUGUACUCCAACAACACAACCAAGAAAGAGGCAAACGAGUAGUAGCGAAUUCAAGCAGUGGAAUCAAGUCAUCUUUUGGCUCCUCCUCCUCCUACAUUAACAUUAUGCCAACUUUCCAACCUCCAGAUCCAUGGAGCCUGAAAGAUGAUCAACAAACUUCCAUUAAUAAUCUUGAUUUAUCUUCUAUUCUGCUUCAAGGUCAACAACUUUCCUCCUCAACAAAUCUUGAUAUACAACAAAAGAAAGGAGUAGCCGAGUAUAACGAUCCAGAGUUCCCUCCAAGCUUAUAUGAUGCACUAAGAUUCGACUAUGAAUAUGAAUACCCUCCUGACUCAUUGGAAUAUCCAGUAAUAGAUCAAGGCCUAUUCAUAGUUUGA